CAGCCACGUAAGCCUCAAAGCGACCAGGAACCGAUCAAAUACGGCGAUGUUUUCAUUGUAAGCGAUGAACUCGCAGAUAAACCUAUUGCUCCCGUGGACAUGAUGCAAAAUUCUGAAUCGAUCACAUUGGGCCAGGCCCAGAACGAGAGUUCAGGCUUUGUUGGCCUUGUGGACGACUCGGACAUGGCUGGAGCCAAAGCCGAAGCCGAAGGUGUCUCUGUAGCCGAGGAGACUCAUCAAGACGUGCCUGUGGCUUGGGUGGUUAAUCAUGAGUAUGGUGAGCCGAGUAGGGCCACAGGUGAGGCGCCGCUGAGUGAGAUGAGUGCAAUAACAAUAGGAGAAGCUCUAGAAACAACAGCCAAGACCAUCGGAUAUAAGGCGGUUGACCAGAACGACGCGGCUGCCAUUGAAGCUGCGGAGGCCAGAUGUAUAGGCAGUGAUAGUAAUGUGGUAAUAGCUGGUGGCCUCACUGGGUUGGCUCAGUCAGCAGUGUCCUUGAAUCGCGCUGUUUCCGAGAAGAAUAAGAUUAAGCUCAAAGAUAUUUUAACCGACGCAACUUUGAAGCUGGCUAUUGACAAGGCGGCGACACGGGAGGACGCGGAAGAGGUAGUGGAAGCAGAGUUGCUGAACAAGCCGAUUCCGGUGACAACGCCGGGCGGAGUGGCGGCAGCUGUGAAGUCAGCUGCUAGACUCAACGAAACUUCAACUAUAUGAUCAUACGUACUUGCGCGCUUUUAUAUAUUAAUUUACAUGGCACUUCUUUUCUUUCCUUCACUUAAGUAGUACUAUGUUUUUCUUUUUUCUGUUUUGAGAAAUAUAAGAACGAAUAAUUAAUAGUGGGAAUUGUGUAUUUUCCUUUUGUCUAUUUAUUCAGCUGCUUGAUUUUCAUUUUCAUUUUUGUCUUCUAUAUAAUGUUGCGUAACUAUGCCUUUGCAUGGACUGGCUAUUAAAAAAAAUAAUUUUAUAUAUA